GCGCUCCCACCGCCCCGCAGAUGUCCACCUACAAGCGGGCCACGCUGGACGACGAAGACCCCCUGGACUCCAUCAGCGAAGGCGAUGGGUACCCCAACGGGUUCCAGGUGAAUUUCUCCAGGAGCAGCACGGGGUGCUGGGCCCAGCGCACACGCCCCGAGAAGCAGCUGGUGGCUGUGGUGGCCGUCCUGGCGGCCGUGCUGGGAGCGUGCCUGCUGGGGCUCAUCCUGCAAUACCGAGCCCGGCCGCCCGCUGUGUGUCUGUCGGAGGCCUGCAUCUCCGUCACCAGCUCCAUCCUCGGCUCCCUGGACCGCACGGUGAACCCCUGCGAGGACUUCUUCAGCUACGCCUGCGGGGGUUGGGUCAAAGCCAACCCCCUCCCUGACGGCCACUCACGCUGGGGCACCUUCAACAACCUCUGGGAGCACAACCAGGCCGUCAUGAAGCACCUGCUGGAGAACACCACGGCCAACGUGUCGAGCGAGGCGGAGCGCAAGGCGCAGCGCUACUACCAGGCCUGCAUGAAUGAGAGCAAGAUCGAGGAGCUGCGCGCCGCCCCGCUGAUGGAGCUCAUCACCAAGCUGGGAGGAUGGAACAUCACCGGGCCCUGGGCCGGGGGGGACAACUUCAAUGUGACGCUGCGGGAGGUGACGGCGCAUUACCGCAUCUCACCCUUCUUCUCCGUCUACGUCAGCGCCGACUCCAAGAACUCCAACAGCAACGUCAUCCAGGUGGACCAGUCGGGGCUGGGGCUGCCGUCACGGGACUACUACCUGAACAAGACAGAGAAUGAGAAGGUGCUCGCUGGGUACCUGAACUACAUGGUGCAGCUGGGCAUGUUUCUGGGCGGCACCGACGAAGAGUCAACACGGCAGCAAAUGCAGCAGAUCCUGGAGUUUGAGACAGCACUGGCCAACAUCACCAUCCCACAGGAGAAGCAUCGGGAUGAGGAGGUCAUCUACCACAAGAUGACUGCUGGAGAGCUGAAGGAUCUGGCACCAGCUGUGGACUGGAUGCCCUUCCUCUCCACGGUCUUCUAUCCUGUGGAACUCAAUGAGUCAGAGCCCGUCGUGGUCUAUGCCAAGGAGUACCUGGAGCAGGUCUCCGAACUCAUCCUGGCCACAGAUAAAUGCCUCCUCAAUAACUACAUGAUCUGGAACCUGGUGCGUAAAACCAGCCCCUUCCUUGACCAGCGCUUCCAGGAUGCUGAGGAGAAGUUCAUGGAAGUGAUGUAUGGGACGAAGAAGACCUGCCUGCCGCGCUGGAAGUUCUGCAUCAGCGACACAGACAACAACCUGGGCUUUGCCUUGGGUGCCAUGUUUGUCAAGGCUACCUUCGCCGAGGACAGCAAGCAGGUGGCAGAGGAAAUGAUUGCAGAGAUUAAAACAGCCUUCGAGGAAAGCUUGGAGACCCUGCAGUGGAUGGACGAGGAGACGAGGAAGUCGGCCAAAGAGAAGGCGGAUGCCAUCUACAACAUGAUCGGCUACCCAAAGUUCAUCCUGGACCCCAAGGAGCUGGACAAAGUCUUUAACGAUUACGAUGCCGUGUCCGACCUUUACUUUGAGAACGUCAUGCAGUUCUACAACUUCUCAGCCAGGGUCACGGCUGACCAGCUCCGGAAACCGCCAAACCGGGACCAGUGGAGCAUGACGCCUCCAACAGUCAAUGCGUAUUACUCUCCUACCAAGAAUGAGAUCGUCUUCCCUGCUGGUAUCCUCCAGGCCCCUUUUUACACCCGCGCCUCUCCCAAGUCGCUGAACUUUGGUGGUAUUGGUGUAGUGGUGGGCCACGAGCUGACACACGCCUUUGAUGACCAAGGUCGGGAAUAUGACAAGGACGGCAACCUGCGUCCCUGGUGGAAGAACUCCUCAGUGGAGGCCUUCAAGCGGCAGACAGCAUGCAUGGUGGAGCAGUACAGCAACUACACCAUCAAUGGGGAGGCUGUCAAUGGCAAGCACACCCUUGGGGAGAACAUCGCUGAUAAUGGGGGGCUCAAGGCUGCCUACCGGGCGUAUCAAAACUGGCUGAAAAAGAACGGGGAGGAGGAGACUCUCCCAACCCUUGGCCUCACCAACCACCAGCUCUUCUUCGUUGGCUUCGCUCAGGUGUGGUGCUCGGUUCGCACGCCGGAGAGCUCACACGAAGGGCUCAUCACCGACCCGCACAGCCCCUCGCGCUUCCGCGUCAUCGGCACCGUCUCCAACUCCUGGGAGUUUGCAGAGCAUUUCAGCUGCCCCCUGGGCUCCCCCAUGAACCCCCCCAAAAAGUGUGAGGUCUGGUGACAGGUGGGCGCCGGGACCCGGCUGCAUCGUCCUGUGCCAGCGGCUGAAUUUCCCCAUCGCUUUGAGAGGCUCAGACCACUUAGCGCAGCGAGCUGCCCAGCUCUCACUGGAGCGGCAUCCCCAGUAUCACCUGAGGUCCGAUGGAUCCACUGUGAAAACUUCUCUUCCCCUUGCUCGUUUGUGAAAUGACUUCGAUGUGGGGAGGUUUCUGUCCCACGUGCCGGGGUGCUGCCCCGUAUUUACACACGCAGCGCUAAGCCUGGCCCUAACAGGAGCCCAAACCCUGAGCACGGCACCGUCCUCCUCCGAGGCCAUAAAGGGAACGCCGCGGUGCCGGCAGGUUGGGCUGUGUGUCUAAAUACAGCCAGCACAACCUUCUCUCUCCAAAGAUGCGCACACGAGGAUGGUAAAUAUUUUAAGAUAUAUUUCGGGGCAGGGGAGGGUGGAGGGGAAAUAUAUAUUUUUUUUUCAUGCA